AUCAUAAAGUCCCAGAUACACUGAUGUUUAAUUUACUUCAUUUCUUUGGCGCACAAUAGCACACUCUUCCGGUUUGACUCCCAACACACACUGAUUCUUCGACCACGGAGCGUGGCGGAGCAUCGCUACAUUAUUCUGCUACUUCACUUUACAUUGGGAGGAUACCGGAAGAUGAUAACGGAUGAUUCCAGGACAAUAUAAUCAGUUUAACGUCCAUGUUCUUCCAUAGUUUUUAGGGUUCCGAUCAUUUUCCUCUUGGCUUUUGUCAUUUUAUCAGCGAAGUUUGACAUGCACGAGCCUGAGGAGGAAAAUCGCGAUGGUGCUCGCAAGAGAAGAUUCAGUGACCUGGAGCCCAGCGUUGCUUCUGAUCAGUCCAAUUUCAAUGUGGCCGAAGGCUUCAUUCCUAGAAGGUAUCAAAUGGAGGUCUUUGAAGUUGGGAUGAGGAGGAACACCAUAGCUGUGUUGGGAACAGGUUCUGGAAAGACCAUGAUCGCAGUGAUGCUUAUUAAAGAAAUUGGAAAAGCCAUGAAGUCCAGUAGUGAUAAGAAGUUAAUAAUUUUCUUGGCUCCCACUGUGCAUUUGGUUCACCAGCAAUUUAACGUUAUUAAGGAUCAUACUGAUUUUGAAGUGGCGGAGUAUUAUGGUGCUAUGGGGGUUGAUGAUUGGAAUAUGAACUGCUGGGAAAAAGAAACAAGCGAACGCGAUGUACUCGUCAUGACCCCCCAAAUUCUUCUUGAUGCACUGAGGAAGGCAUAUUUUAGACUGGGAACCAUAUGCUUGAUGAUCAUUGAUGAAUGCCAUCGUGCUACUGGUAAUCACCCUUAUACGAAAAUCAUGAAGGAAUUUUAUCACAAAUCUGACAGCAAACCAAAGAUUUUUGGAAUGACUGCCUCACCUGUUAUUAGGAAAGGUGUUUCCUCUUCCGUUGAUUGUGAAUGCCAAAUAGCAGACCUCGAAAGUAUCUUAGAUGCUCAGGUUUAUGCUAUUGAAGAUAAGAAAGAAGUGGAAAUAUAUGUUCCUUCCGCAAAGGAAAUUUGCAUAUUUUAUGAACCGGCUAUGCCUCAAACUAUGGAGUUGAAGGCAAAGAUAGAAGCUCUGUGGUUCAAGUUUGAUGCAUCGUUGUCAAACUCACAAGAAGCAAUGCAAGGUCACUAUAAAGAUGUAGACAGUAAGCUUAAGGCACUGAAAAAACGACUGUCUAGUGAUCAUUUAAAGAUCACUUAUUGCCUUGAUGAACUUGGUAUUAUGUGUGCUUAUGAGGCAAUUAAAGUUUUAUUCGAGAAUGUCAGUGUUCCGAAUGAGGAAUCUGAUGUUUAUAGAGAAAGUUUUUUGCAAUAUAAACAUUUUCUUGAGGAAGCAUUACUAGUAAUUGGGGAAUCACUUUCACUUGAAAAUGAAAAUGUACCAACUUUGGGUUUUGACUUAUGGAAAGCUGUAGAAUUGGGCUACAUUUCUCCUAAAUUGUUUGAACUUCUCCAACUCUUUGAAUCGUUUGGAGUAUCUAGGCAGGUGCUCUGUCUCAUAUUUGUUGAAAGAAUAAUUGCUGCUAAUGUGAUCGAAAGAAUUGUGAAAAAGGUAGAAAAUUUAUCUCAUUUUACGGUGUCAUAUGUGACGGGAUGUAAUGCAUCAGUUGGUGCACUUGCACCAAAAGUCCAGAAGGAGACACUGGAGUUGUUUUGUCAUGGCAAGCUCAAUCUAUUAUUUUCCACUGAUGUAGUUGAGGAGGGACUUCAUGUACCAAAUUGCUCAUUUGUGGUACGGUUUGACCUUCCUAAGACUGUUCGCAGUUAUGUACAAUCUCGAGGUCGUGCUCGGCAGAACAACUCCCAAUAUAUUUUGUUGCUGGAGAGGGGAAAUCUGAAGCAAAGAGCCUUGCUAUUUGAUGUCAUAAGAAGUGACCGAUCAAUGACUGAUGCAGCUAUGAGUAGAGACCUUGAUGCAUGCGUUUUGAAACCUUUUUCACUUAUGGAGACAGAUUGUUACAUUGUGGAGGCAACUGGGGCAUCGGUUACUGCAGAUUCUAGUGUUGGUCUCGUAUAUCAAUACUGUAAAAAGCUCCCUGGUGAUAAAUAUUUCAGUCCAAAACCAAUCUUUCAACUCUCAUAUGGUGAAGGAUCCUACGAGUGUCAGCUAACUUUACCUCCUACAGCAGCUCUUCAAACCAUAGUUGGUCCUUCAACUAGAAAUUCUAAUUUGUCUAAGCAGCUUGUGUGCCUGGAGGCUUGUAAGAAGCUACAUCAAAUGGGUGCACUUAAUGACCAUCUUCUCCCCUCUGUUGAAGAGAUAUCAGAAUCUGACAUGGGUCUGAAAAGCAAUGCAUCCACGUCUAGAGCAGGAUCAACAAAAAGAAAGGAACUGCACGGCAGAACUGCGAUCAGAGCUUUAUCUGGGACUUGGGAAGAACAAGUUGAAGGGACCACUUUUCAGGCUUAUAAAUUUGACUUCUCCUGUAGUGUUAUAUAUGAGGUUUAUUCUGGAUUUGUGCUUCUGAUAGAAUCAAAACUUGAUGAUGAUGUGAGCAAUUUUGAACUUGAACUUUAUUUACUCUCAAAGAUGGUUAAAGCUUCUGUGUCCUUUGGCGGGGAGGUUCAUUUGGAUGCUGAACAGAUAACGAAAGCAAAGUGCUUUCAAGAGCUUUUCUUCAACGGACUGUUUGGGAGACUGUUUAUUGGGUCAAAAACAACUGGAAAAAAGAGGGAUUUUUUACUUCAGAAAGAUACAAAUCCUCUUUGGAUUUCAUCAAACAUGUAUCUGCUUCUACCAGUGGAUUUGCCGGAUGAUUCAACUCAUGAUUUAUGGAAAAUACAUUGGAGAGCAAUUGAUUCCUGUGUUUCUGUGGUUGAGUUUUUGAAGAAAAAUUCAUCUUUGGAUGCUGAAAGAAAUUAUGGUGCUGGUGCCAUAUCAGAUUCAUCGCCUUCUAGAAACAAUUCUACUGAAACUGGAAGCAACGCUGCAAGUGUAAUUCACUUUGCAAACUGUGUUCUAGAUGUUCAUUCUUUAAAGGACAGGGUGGUAUUGGCUAUUCAUACUGGAAGAAUCUACUCAAUCGUUGAAGUUGUGAGUAACACAUCUGCUGAGAGCCCUUUCGAUGGGAAUAGUGACAAAGGACCACCUGACUACAUUACCUUUGCGGACUACUUCAACAAAAGGUAUGGGAUUUCGCUGAGUUUUCCAAAACAGCCACUAUUGCGGUUAAAGCAAAGUCAUAAUCCUCACAAUCUACUUGUCAACUUUAAGGAUGAAGGUAAUACUAGCGAUAAGUUGCCAUCUGGCCCUGCAUUCAAAAGGCCACAAAUGCAUGUCCAUAUGCCUCCUGAGCUUGUGCUUAGCAUGGAUGUCCCAAAGGGGGUUUUGAAGUCUUCAUACUUGCUACCAUCUUUGAUACACCGUUUUGAAUCUUUAAUGUUAGCCAGCCAACUUAGGAAGGAGAUUAAUUAUCAUUCGAACAGCCUUGGUAUAUCAAGCUCUUUGAUUUUGGAAGCACUUACAACCCUUGGAAGUUGUGAGAAUUUUUCCUUAGAGAGGUUGGAAUUGCUUGGUGAUUCAGUAUUGAAGUAUGCUGUGAGCUGCCACCUCUUUCUCAAGUUCCCUGAAAAACAUGAAGGGCAGUUGUCAUCUAGGCGCCAACAGGUUAUCUGUAAUGCAACCUUACAUGCAUUGGGAACAAAGUGCGGGUUACAGGGAUACAUACGUGAUUCUGCAUUCGAUCCACGUCGGUGGGUGGCACCAGGGCAAUGUACUAAUCGUCCUGUUCCUUGUAAAUGUGGAGUGGAUACAGUAGAAGUUCCUUUGCAUGACAAGUUCUGCACUGAAGAUCCAAAAGUUGUUUUGGGCAAGUGCUGUGAUAAGGGACACAGGUGGGUGGUUUCAAAAACUAUAGCCGACUGUGCUGAAGCUCUCAUAGGGGCUUAUUAUGUUGAUGGUGGAAUCAUUGCCGCACUCCAUGUGAUGAAGUGGCUUGGAAUUGAUGUUAAUCUUGACGUAGCAUUAGUUGUUGAUGCAAUUACUUCUGCAUCUCUGAGAUCCUGCCCUUUGGGAGAUACUGAGAUUGCAACCUUAGAGUCAAAAAUUGGAUAUGAUUUUGCUGUCAAAGGACUAUUGCUGGAGGCUGUAACACACACGUCUGAUCAAGAAAUUGGUGUUAAUUACUGUUACCAGAGACUAGAGUUUCUUGGGGACUCAGUGUUAGACUUGCUCAUUACAUGGCAUUAUUAUCAGAACUACUCAGAUAUUGACCCAGGGGAGUUGACUGAUUUGCGCUCUGCUUCUGUUAAUAAUGAAAAUUUUGCUCAAGUGGCUGUGAGACGGAAUCUUCAGCAACAUCUUCAACAUUGUUCUGGGCUUCUGAUGAGUCAAAUUACUGAAUAUGUGAAGUAUUUGUCCGAGUCUCAGGAUACUGGGAAGCCACUGCAUGGUAAUAAAGGCCCCAAGGUUCUUGGUGAUAUGGUGGAAAGUAUUGCAGGUGCCAUACUGAUUGACACAAAGCUUAAUCUCGACGAAGUGUGGAAAAUAUAUAAGCCACUUCUGACUCCAUUUGUGACACCUGAUAAACUUGAGCUUCCACCACUGCGAGAACUAAUUGAAUUAUGUGAUUCUCUUGGGUAUUUCAUCAAAGAUAAAUGUACUAGGAAGGGGGAAACUUUUCAUGCAGAACUUAGAUUACAGUUGCAAGAUUCCCUAUUGAUAGGUGAAGGAUAUGAACGAACUAGAAAAGCUGCCAGAGGGGAAGCUGCUCAUCGCUUGUUAGCUCAACUUGAGACUAGAGGAAUUUCUUACUCUCGUUCGGGCUCUAAGAAGAGAAAACAAAAUCCCAGUCACGAUGAGUCUGCUAUGGUUCUUCCGUCAUCUGUCAACUGUUCUACAGAUGCCUGUGAUCCCAACGUGGAGACCCCUGUUAUUGGACCAAUCAACUUAAAGAAAGGAGGACCACGGAGUACUCUGUUUGAACUAUGCAAGAAACUGCAGUGGCCAAUGCCAACUUUCAAUACGGUAGAAAAUAAAUCAAGGGUCCAAAUCGAAAUUGGUGAAGGCUUAGAGAAAAGAAAAGGGUUUAACAGUUUUUUGUCAAAUAUUACUUUGCAAAUUCCAAAUGCUGGCUAUGUUGAAUGUGAAGGUGAAGCUCGAGCUGAUAAGAAGAGCUCGUUUGACUCUGCGUCCCUCGUCAUGCUUCAAGAACUUCAACAACAAGGACGAGUCAUUAUUAACGACUCAUGAGCCUUGUCGUUGGUGAUUAUGCCAGUCUUCUUCCCUUUUCUAUCUCUAGGUCUGGUGGUCUUCUCCCAUGUUCAAUAUUUUGAAAAUCAGCAACGUUAGGGUGGAGAUUUUAACAUAUAAUCUUUUGAUUUAAUGUAAAAAGUCAGUUACCUUAUAGGAAAUCAAAUCAAAGAGAUGUAAAACUCUACUUUCGAAGGACUUUUAAGAGGUUUUUGCAAUCAAGCUAUACCGUGUAAGCGAAUGGACUGCUUAGUGCUGAUAGGUUAAAUUGCACAAAUUCCUCGUUAAUGUGUGGUUGGUUUUAA